AUGGCAGCGCCCGUCGGUGAUAUUGGCCUCAUCGGUCUGGCCGUCAUGGGCCAAAACCUCAUCCUCAACAUGAACGACAAGGGCUUCACCGUCGUCGCGUACAACCGCACGACGAGCAAGGUCGAUGCUUUCCUUGCUAACGAGGCCAAGGGGACCAAGAUCGUCGGCGCGCACUCCGUCGAGGAGCUCUGCGCCAAGCUCAAGCGCCCCCGCAAGAUCAUCCUCCUCGUCAAGGCCGGCCCCGCCGUCGACCAGUUCAUCGACCAGCUCACGCCCUUCCUCGAGCCCGGUGACAUCAUCAUCGAUGGUGGUAACUCCCACUACCCCGACUCCAUCCGCCGCACCAAGGAGCUCGAGGCGAAGGGCCUCCUCUUCGUCGGCUCCGGUGUUUCUGGCGGUGAGGAGGGUGCCCGCUACGGCCCCUCACUCAUGCCCGGUGGUUCUCCCGCUGCAUGGCCCGCCAUCAAGGAGAUCUUCCAGGCCACGGCCGCGCAGGUCGAGGGUGAGCCCUGCUGCGACUGGGUGGGCGAGACCGGUGCCGGCCACUACGUGAAGAUGGUCCACAAUGGUAUCGAGUACGGUGACAUGCAGCUGAUCUCGGAGGCAUACGACAUCCUCAAGCGUGGCUUGGGUCUGACGGAGGGCGAGGUCGCGGACAUCUUCACCACCUGGAACAAGGGUGUCCUCGACUCCUUCCUGAUUGAGAUCACCGCGAACAUCCUCAAGUUCAACGAUGACGACGGUGUUCCUUUGGUCACCAAGAUUCUCGACAAGGCUGGCCAGAAGGGUACCGGAAAGUGGACUGCUAUUGCUGCGCUUGACGCCGGCAUGCCCGUCACCCUCAUCGGCGAGGCUGUCUUCGCCCGCUGCUUGUCCGGCCUGAAGGAGGAGCGUGUGCGCGCCUCCAAGAUUAUUGCCGGCCCCCAAAAGGAGCCCUUCAAGGGCGACAAGAAGCAGUUCAUCGACGACCUCGAGCAGGCUCUCUACGCCUCCAAGAUCAUCUCUUACACCCAGGGCUUCAUGCUCAUGCGUGAGACCGCGAAGGAGCUCGACUGGAACCUCAACUACGCCGGCAUCGCGCAGAUGUGGCGUGGCGGUUGCAUCAUCAAGUCCGUCUUCCUCGGCGACAUCACCAAGGCGUACCAGAAGGACCAGAAGCUCGAGUCGCUGCUCUUCGACGACUUCUUCAACAAGGCCGUCCACAAGGCGCAGCCCGGCUGGCGCCGCAUCAACGCGCAGGCCGUCCUCUGGGGUAUCCCCACGCCCGCGUUCAGCACCGCGCUCGCGUUCUUCGACGGCUACCGCAGCGAGGUCGUCCCCGCGAACCUGCUCCAGGCUCAGCGUGACUACUUCGGUGCCCACACUUUCCGUGUCGUCCCCGGCAAGGAGAGCGCCAAGCUCAAGCUCGGCGAGGACAUCCACGUCAACUGGACCGGUCGUGGCGGCAACGUCUCGGCAUCCUCAUACUCGGCCUAA